GUCCCAGAAUGGUUCGUGAUGUUUUCCAUCUUGCCAAAGAGAAUGCACCGGCAAUUAUUUUUAUUGAUGAGGUUGAUGCUAUUGCGACUGCUCUUGAUGCUCAAACUGGCGCUGACAGAGAAGUUCAGCGUAGUCUCAUGGAGCUCUUAAAUCAGAUGGAUGGAUUUGACCAAACAGUGAAUGUGAAGGUUAUAAUGGCAACAAACAGAGCCGAUACUCUAGACCCUGCCCUAUUACGUCCCGGUAGACUUGAUAGGAAAAUCGAGUUUCCCUUGCCUGAUAGAAGACAAAAGAGGCUUGUAUUUCAGGUCUGCACUGCCAAAAUGAAUCUCAGUGAUGAGGUUGACUUGGAAGAUUAUGUUUCUCGUCCAGAUAAGAUUAGUGCCGCUGAGAUUGCAGCAAUCUGUCAGGAAGCAGGAAUGCAUGCUGUCCGGAAAAACCGGUAUGUGAUUCUUCCCAAGGACUUUGAGAAAGGCUACCGGACAAACGUGAAGAAGCCUGAUACUGAUUUUGAUUUCUACAAGUGAGAGACCUCAGUUUGUGAAAACUUUCAACUUUCAAUUUACUUGGUACCAUUCCACUACUAAAUUUCAUGUAAUUGCACCUCAAAGUUUCAUAUCUGGUUUCCUCUCUUUUACCCAGUUCAUUCACAUUAGACAGUGACUGCAAAUGACUUGGCUAAGAACUGAAC